AUUUUUAUAAAAAUCUUUUGGAGUUCUGAAAAAACUCAACUCAAGUAUGUUAAAAUCAAGGAUGAGAAAGAAGAGCAGAAGAAGGUUGAAGAAAAAUGCCCAAAGGUACCAAACUAUAAGAAAUUAGAUAUACUUCACAAGUAUCCAUCACAAAAUGCCACGAGUACAAGGAGAAACUUGAAUGAUAAGAAUUGGGAUAUGUAUGGUGGUUUAGAUGAUAAGUCCAAGGAUUUGUCAACAAUUUUUUAUAAUGAGUUCACCAAAAGAAACAUGGAGAAUAAAUGGGGUAGAUAUUUUGAGAAGGGGGAAAGCUCAUUGGAAAAUAGGUUGUUUGCAAAAAAAACUCAAGUUCAUAAGAGGAAAAACUUAAGAUCUGAACCUUCAAUGGUUGAUUUGGUGGAAUAUGGUGAUUUAGAGAUAGAAAAAAAGAUAGAGGAUGGAGAUGAUGAGGAAGAAACACAAGAGGAUAGGAAUAAAGCCAUAGAAUGGACAGAAGAUGAUCAAAAGAACUUAAUGUAUCUUGGAAUUUCAGAAAUGGAGAGAAAUAAAAGACUAGAGAGCCUUAUGGCUAGAAGAAAAGAAAAAAAGUUAUUUAAAGGGAAAUUUGAGAAAGGUCUAAAUGAUAAAAAACCAAUUGCACCAUUGUUUAUCAAAAGAAACAAUCCCUUAAAUUCUUCAAAAGAGUUUGAUGAUGGUUUAGAAUCGCCAGGUUCUGCCCCUUCUCUCAUACCAAGAAGUCCUUAUAGCAUUCCUUUUGAUCCUUCUAAAGAGAAGCUUAACCUUAUAAGAGAUAGUUUUCCACAAGAAUUCUCUAGUCAAAGCAACAUGCCAUUAUCUAGGCAUGAAAGUUUCAGUUUAGGGCACCCUUUCACAUUUGAAACCAAACAAGAUCACGGUGCUAGAGAGCAUUAUUUUCACAAUAGAGGAAGGAAGUAUUCUGACAGAGUUACAUAUUCAAGAUUUAGAAGGAGUCAUACAGAUAAGGGAACUCAUGAUUGGCUAAUUGACCAAUUGAUUUACAAUGAAAGUGGCGAAAGUAGUGAAAAUGGAGAAAAUGGAUUGCAAACAUUCAAUCCAUCAAUGAAAGGAGAGGAAUCAACACAUAAAGAAGAUGAGAAACAUAAUAUUGAUAUGAAUGACAUGAAAGAUGAGAAAGUGGAGUAUGAAACAAAAGUUAUGUCAAAUCAGACAAAUGAGUCACGACCAGAGAAAUCAGGACAAUGGCCUAAGUUUCCUAAGUCUCAUGGAAGGGUUCUCAAUUUACCAUCAUCUACUAGUAACACUAGUGCUACUAGUAGUAAUAUAAACGAAGUUAUGUAUGAGAAUAUCACAUCAGUAAUUGAUAAAAGACAAGAAAAUAUGUUCUUAACCAAUGGGAGACUUUGUCACACCCCAACACAUUCUGUAGCUUCUGACUUACAAGUAGAAGUUUCUGAGAUUGGUUCACCAACAUCAACAGUCGGUGAGAAUGCUGAGAUUAAUUCUUCCAUUGAUAGAGACUCAGUAUUAUAUGAUGGGGACAUUGAUAGAGACAUUAGUUCUGGUAGUGAAGAGUUGUGGGGAGCCUCUUACCAUGGAGUAAAAGAAGUAGAAGGAGUUAAAAAUGAAGAGAAUGAUGUAGAAGUGAACAAUUCUUCAAGGGGUUUUGUUUCAACUUUUGAUACAUGUCAUAUAGAUGGAGAAAACACAACUGAUAUAUGCUCAUCAUCCUCAAAAUAUGAUGUGCCUGAAAAUACUCCAACUCAUGCAACAAACAAUCAUCAUAAUAUAUUCGACUAUUUGAAACAUCCUAUGGAGGAAAGUCAAGCACCACAAUCUUCCAAUUCUUCUCAUGCUCUAGAUCAAUUUCCAAAUGAAACACAACCAGAAAACCUAAAGGAACAAUACAACAUCACAGAGAAUGUCGCAAAUGAGACAAGACUUAUCAACGAUAUGAAUAACUUAGCAACCACCAAUCAAGAUAACAUAGAAAACUCAAGAAAUAGUGAAGAUCACGACACGUCAAUAAUGCGACAAGAAUCAGUUGAUGAUGCCUCCAUUUACUCGGUCUCAUCAUCACCAAGGUCUGUGUUACCGGAGAAAACUAUGGGAGAUGAAAUUUCGUUGUCAAAUUUUGAUCAACACAUUUAUAUAGAUGGUCAACAAUCUAUUGGAGAGGAUUUAACCCAAGAAAGUUUAGAUAAUGAAAUUUCACCUAACAUCAUACUUCAUACCAGGCAACCAAUGGCUGAAGAUGUAAUAGAUGAAAUUUCAUUGUCAAAUUUUGAUCAACACAUGCAUAUAGACGAUCGACAAUCUAUGGCAGAUGGUUUAACCCAAGCAAGUUUAGAUAGUGAAAAUCCCCCUAACAUCGUACCUCAUACCAAACAACCAAUGAUAAAUAACGUAAGAGACGAAACUUCAUUUUCAAAUUUUGAUCAACAUAUGCAUAUAAAUGGUCAACAAUCUAUUGGGGAGGGUUUAACCCAAGAAAGUUUAGAUAGUGAAAAUUCACCUAACAUCGUGCCUCAUACAAGACAACCAAUCAUAGAGGAUAUAAUAGAUGAAACUUUAUUGUCAAAUUUUGAUCAACACAUGCAUGUAGAGCCUCAACUAUCUAUAGUGGAUGGUAUGAUCCAAGAAAGCUCAAACAAUCAUAGUCCACAUGAUAGCAUGCCUCAAACAAUGCAACCAAUGAUGGAUGAUUUAAUAGAUGAAAUUUCAUCGUCAAAUUUUGAUCAACACAUACAAAUAGAGCCUCAACAAUCUAUUGUGGAUGGUGUAAAUGAAGAAAGCUUAAACAAUGAAGGUCUACAUGAUGUCAUGUCUAAAUCAAUGCAACCGAUGAUGGAUGGUUUAAUAAAUGACAUUUUAUUGUCAAAUUUUGAUGGACUCGUGCGUACAGAACCUCAACAAUCUACAACAGAGAGUGUAACCCUAGAAACGUCAACGAUUGAAAGUCCACCUAACAUUUUUCCUCAAACCGAUCAACUAAUGAUAGAUGAUACAAGUGAUAACUUACACAAUCUUAACUUCAAUCAAUCACAGGAACAGACUAGUCCUCUGGAGAAUUUUAAUGAAGAAUCUAACAUCUUUGGCAACAUGAACGAUGAAGUUAACAACAAGGAAAAACACAUCAAGUUAAAGAACAAUGAAGACAAUUCUAAUCACCUAAUCAGUCAAGAAGCUACUAUACAAUCAACCAACCCAAUAAGUGACACAACAACUUUGGAAGAUAUGAAUGAAAAAUCAAGAGAUUCAGUGGAUGAUAAAGUGUCAUCCACAGAUAUGCUUAAAGAUGAUAAGAAUGACAAUCCAUCAAGUAGCAAUAAUGUCCAUGGUGAGUUGUCAAAACAAAGGGUUACUAAACGAAGGACUCAAAGUAGAGAAUCGGGUUACUUAUCUGAUGUAUUUGAUUGA